CGGUCGCGCACGGCCUUUUUGUGGGAGGUUUUUGACGUUAGCUCCGUCCUUCAAAGGACCUUACCACCGGAGACGGAAAUCCGUGAGGUAAGGUGUGGUGUGACAUUUUUAGGGUCGACCUUUUCUAACCCCUUCCUCCCUUGUGAGAAGGCGGCAUCGCUGCAGAUCCUGGUUGUCCGAGGGAAACACCUUACUGCUGUCCCACACCUCUACAGUCAUCAGUACGACUUCGCCCUCAGACCUUGAGUUGCUGCUUUUAAUCUUGCCGUUCUCCAAUCGAUCUAUCUGGCAUGGUAGAACCUACAGGAACAUAUGUUCCAUCCAAUAUAGCUCGGUUGGGUCAUCGCGAUAGGCAAGCCGGACCACCACGUCGAGGUAGCAGCUACGGUCGGGAGAGUAAAUAAAUAACUGAUGUCUAUUCGAGGUACGAUAUCCCCGUAUUAAGUUAACAUGAACUACGACCUGCAUGACAUGCAGGAUGUGAUUUGUUAUAACGCUUGGUAUUUUUCAUAUGUGUGGUUUUAUUCUAAUUAAUAAACGAAAUAGGUGUAUGAUCAAUAUAUUAGUGUAUUUUUGACUAGGUUCGUCGUCGUAUUUUGGGGUCAAUAAAUUUUCGCUUGUACCAGUCUCGGUGUUCUUACUUCAAUAAUGCAAUGAGAAGACGUAGUUUAUCAGAAUUAUGUGAUAUAUUUGCGCAAUACAUUUCGAACAAUCUGAUCACACAUAUACUUGUUAAGAACAUUUAUAUAUGAAAAAUUAAAAGGUCAACUAGACAGGUUAAGGGUUUUUUAAUGAAAAUAGCAGAUGUUGAACAGUGCGCCUUUAAUUCAUGGUAUCACACUUUUGAAUCUUACACUCAAGAAAGUAUAUUUAUAAAUCUCCCAGAUGACCUUAUAGCUUCAUUGACAAAUGACGAAUUCAUUCUCCCUAAAAGUGCAAAACCAACAAACGGACAUCUGUCGGACCUAGACAACGACGGCAUUUGGUCAGACUAUUCCGAUACUGAUGAAAAGAACUCAGAGAGACCAGAAUUUCCUCAGUUCGAAUCUCAGUUGAAAAGUAUCAUCCGGAAGUUAGGUGGUGUUGUAUUUCCGAAGUUAAAUUGGAGCGCCCCAUCUGAUGCAUCUUGGAUGUCUUUCGAUGGGUCACUGAAGUGCAAAACGUUUUCCGAUAUUUACCUACUCCUUAAAUCUUCAGAUUUCGCAGCACAUGACUUGACUGCUCCUUUCGCUCUGUGUACAGAUACUCCAGCAGAGAAAAAUUGCUGUCUUUUCAAUUCCAAACCGAUUCUUGUUCUACGAAGGUGGUAUGACUUUCGUCCUGAGGAAGAAUUUCGAUGUUUCAUUAAAUCAAAAGUCCUUAUUGCAAUUUCCCAACGAAAAUGUGAUGCCUAUUUCAAAAUAAUUGAAGAACAGAUAGAAAACAUCAAAUACGACCUUGUGGAAUUCUUUAAUCGAAAAAUAAGAAAUCAUUUCAAAUCAGAAAACUAUACAGUUGACUUAUACAGAGAAUCAUCGGACGAUGGUAAAAUGCGUAUUCAAAUAAUUGAUUUCAAUGUAUUUGGUCCACCAACUGAAGCACUUUUAUUUCAGUGGUCGGAAUUGGAAAAUGAUGUACAUGAAAAUGAUACUAUUCCGUUAUUUCGCUACCAAAGUGACCAAAAUAUCCGUCCAAAUUCAGUGAAUCAAUACAGCGUGCCAAUCGAUUUGAUCGAUAUUGCUUCAGGAUCUGAUCCCGUUAAGGUGAUGGACUUCAUUCAAGCUAAAGUAGAAAGUCAGAAACAGUCGUGAAAUUGUAUUUUCUAUGUAUCUGUUAUUUUUCAAUAUUUCGAAUAAAAAAAUACAUUUUUCUUAGAUCAAGCUGGUAAUUAUUUUUUUUUCUUCGAAGUUUUUGAAACCUUAGUAGGCUUUUUCCUAGCUGGCGACUGUUGCUUUGAACUAUAUUUCUGUGCAAUCUUAUCCAGAAAGUUUUCUGAUGAUUUUAAUGCAUUUUCAUGUCGUGCUUGAAUUGCCUUAGCUAAUGUAUCCAAAUCUUCGUUAACAUCAACUAUCUGUUUUUUGUUUUUACUGUUCUGUUCCUUUGCAAACAACUUUUCUUCCUCUAGUGCUCGUUUAGCUCUUCUCUUUGCUUUCUCAGGUCUUUCAUGUGUGUACUUCGUAUAUGCAUCAAUUUUACCACUAGAUAUCAAUUUAUCAAUAAGACCGCGAACUCGACUUUCAUCUCGAUAUGACGUGAGCAUUAAAGACUCCAUUAUAAUAUCCAUAUCACCUUUAGAGCGAUUGUAGAUCUUGACCAAAUCUUCCGUUUCCUGUUCACUUCCUUUAUACUUUUUACAAUAGUCAUCUAUUUGUGCAGUUGUGAUUUUAGGAAACAAAAGUUGCCAGUAUUUAACCCAAUCAUCAUAUGAUUUGCCUGUGAUCUCAUCGUCUUCAUCGAUAACACCU